AUGCUUCUUUACUUCUGGACCUCUAGCCCUGCUCUUCCCGCUAGCGCCCAAGGUUUCCAGCCUAUGCCAACGGUCACAAUCCGUCCGGCAGAUGACCAUCACUUGCCCACUGCUAAUACAUGCAUCUCGCGUCUUUAUCUGCCUCUAUACUCGUCAAAACAAAUUCUUAAAGAUAAAUUGCUUCAGGCGAUUCAAACAAAGGGCUUUGGAUUCGUUUGA